GACCAUCUGCUUGCGCUUCGAUAACGCGGCAUGUAAAAAAAUCCUUACUGGAUGCGCUUCGAGGAUAUUCUUUUGUUUAUUUAUACAACCCUUCAAGUUCGGAAAGUUAUAAAAAUAUUAGGAUCGCGUGCAAAAAGGAAUAUUCACAGAUUUUCAGCGGGUAUAUACCGAUGAAUCGAGUUUGCCAGGCUUCGAAUGCUUUCCCGCUACGAUGUUACGCAUCAACGAAAAAUCCAAUAUCUCCGGAUUAUCAACAUUCCAGAGUGUUGACACCUCUGUCAGAGUGCUCUGCUUUACCAUUACUAUAACAUCCUUGUCUCUUUCUCAGACAGGGACCUUGCGUAAUUCUUUCUCUGUUUCUCGUUUUUGAAUGCCAUGUAGUGUCAACUAGAAGAAUGCAUGAAUAGGUUUACGUUCCCAGUGAUUUUUUAAUACUCCGAGAUGCGAGAGUGGUUAAUCUGUGAGCGUGUUCGCAUCUCUCCUAUUCGUCUUCUUUCGAAGUCCGAGAUAAAACACAAAAGGUCUAAAUGAGAAAAUAGAAAAAAUGAGUUCUCUACAGCAAGGUAGCAGAUUCUUGCCUUUUUCAAAUAAUAAUAUACAAAGGAAGCAAUUGUCAAUGCAAGGUGGUCUUCCACAAAGUUUAAGCGGUAGUGAAACUGAUGUUUCAACCUCAAAUGAGAAUUUAACCAAUGAAGAUCGAUAUGUAAUAAGGCAUACAGCACGUCAAGAGCCUCAAGGUCAAGAAAAUCAGCAACAAAGUCCAUCAAGAUCUUCCAGUCACAAAGAAAAUAUACCAAAUAUACAAGGUAACCUGCUCAACAGAAACAGCUUAAAGGAUAGCUUAAAUGGAUCAAACAGAAACAGUUUGAAAGAGAAUUUGAAUGGUUCCAAUCGAAAUAGCCUAAAAGAUAGCAUCAAUGGCUCUAAUAGGAACAGUUUGAAAGACAAUUUAAGUAACCGUACCAGUGUGGGUUCAAAUAGAAGUAGCUUAGAUGUGUCUACAAGCUCAUAUAAUACCCUCAUCAUACAUAAUGCUAAUGAUGAUAAUUCAUGGAUACCAUCUGGAAGGUUGUCAGGUGUGGUGAGAGAACAUGGAGAUGUGGGUUAUUUAUAUUGUGAUGGUAGUGGAAAAGGGCAUUCAAAUAGUCCUACUAUGCAAUCCUUAUCAAACUUGUCUCACGAAGAUCAUGUUUAUGAACAGCCUAAUAAUGGAGGAUGCCAAGAAAUUACAGACAUCCCAGAUGAUUACCUUAGUCAGUCACAGCAGGUAUUAAAACAUCUUGCUAAAGAAGUUAAAGUACCCUCUUAUAGUAAGCUGACAAAUAAUGGAGGAAACAUUGAUGUGAGAGUAAGAGAUGGUGAUAGAGGGAAACAAAAUGAUAGCGAAUCCGAGGAUAGACCACCACCGUCAUACAUGUCCGUCUUGUUACCGUUAAAAAAUAAAUCUAGACUUCUUGGGCCAAUGGAGAAAUUAACAUUAUCAAGAUCGCAACCCGAUUUAUCUAGAAUUGGCAAACCGGAUAUCGAUAACUACAAUUUACGAGCUACUUCUCCACGACCACAGACGAAAGGUCGAGAAGAAACAGAAUCUGGAGCCGGUGAAAUUUGGCCUCCAUCGGAGAUGAUUCAAAUCGUAAUUCAAGAGAACAGUGCUUUAAAAUUAGAAUUAGAACGGUGUUACAGCAAAGUUGCUAAAUCUCAAAAGUUGGAGCAGGAAAUUGCGAAGGUGCACAGGGCCCACGAAGAAUUGGCGGCAUCGAGCGAACGAAGAGAAAAAUUGGAACGUGCUGCUAGAUUAAGGCUACAAAACGACUGCAGACGGUUAACUGAAUUAAAUCGGGCAUUGAGAGAUCAAAUCGAUCUGUUAUCAGCUCGAACCGAUAGUCCACCGAUCGUAGAAUCUAUGAGAAAGGAAUUAACUCAACGAGAAUUAUUAAUUGGACAAUUGAUUACACAAAAUAAAGAAUUAGCUGCGGCGAAAGAAAGACAAGAAAUCGAACUGGCAGCGCAACGAGCAACAUUACAAGAACAACGUACGCACAUAGAUAUUUUAGAUACUGCUCUCACUAAUGCACAAGGGAAUGUCGUGCGUCUUGAAGAAGAGUGUCGAAAGAAGCAAGUAUACGUAGAAAGAGUGGGCCAACUUCAACGAGCUUUGUCUUCUCUUCAAGCGUCGAGCGAUAGAAGAGAAGAGACAGAAAGACAGUUGAGAGGUCAAUUAGAACGAGAGUUAAGAGAAGGUGGUGGCGGCGGAGGCGGGGGUGGUGUUAAUGGUAACGAACAAUCGUCCAAUGGAGAAACGAUCGCAGAAUUGAAACGAAGAAUACGCGAAAGAGACGAAAAAAUCAUGUCACUCGAGGGUGACGUUGCGAAAUGGGAACAACGUUAUCUCGAAGAGAGCGCUCUGAGGCAGGCUGCAAUUGACGCAGCUAGUCUACCAAAGGAUGCCAAGAUAGCUGCGUUAGAAAAAACGAGUCAGGAUGCCGAGAAAUUAAUUGCGGAAGCGCGUUCCGAGAAAAUGCGACAUAUGGAUGAGGUGCAUGCUGCACAGAAAAAGUUGGCUGAUCUUGAAUCUAGAAUGAAAGACCUAGAAUCGAAAUUAGCUGAAAGGGAUGCGAUGAUCCGAGUUCUUCAGAAACAUACAUACGACAAGGAUAGCAGUAGCAGUAGCGGUGUCGGUAGCUAUCCUGCUGCUCAUUCGUCUCAUUCGAGUACGUCCGCCGAUCACCAUACCGCGUUAACAAGCACGCCAGAACUUGUGAGCAGUGUAUUAGGCGGAGGCAGCGGUUACGGAAGUACCGGUUCGUAUGGUGUCACGGACAGUUAUAAGUAUAGGAAGCAAGGCAGUUUCGAGCAGACAAAUAAAAGUCUCGAUGAUCAGUUAAAAGAGCUAGACUCCCAGCUACUUAGUAAGCGGGCACUUUGCUGUUUUCCAGGAUUCUCUAAUCCAGGCACUGCGUCGCGAAAAGGAAAAAUACCCAAGCCAUUAUUGGCGGGUGUAGAUAGUACAGGUACCUCGAGCACCGCCUCGAGCAAGAGUCGCCUGCUGGACGAUUCCGGGGGCGAGGUGUCGCCAGGUAUCAUGGAAUUCUCGAGUGCAGCCUCUAGGUUGAAGGGUACCGUGUCGAGAUUGUCGGACGGUAAACCAGAGGAUAUGAUGCUGUUGGAGAAGCAAGGAAGAAGCUCGCAGAGGCAAAGGAUGCAGGAGGGAGAGCCACGUCGUGCGGGUAGUCUUCCACCGAGCUCGUUACCACGACCACCGAAGAACCUGAAAUCGACAGGUUCGCGUUAUUGUCGUCUCAGCGACACGGAGACUCGCAAGAAAUCGGAUCCAGGUCCGGCAUUGGAAUCGGGAGGGAGUAUCAAGGUACCAGGUAGCAACUGCAGCAUCGAAUACGGUCGAUUCGACACGAAGACCCAGCGUCGAAAGAAGUCGUCGGGUUCGGAGCCGUUAGUCCCUAGCAGCUCGUUGAAGAAGCCAUCAUCGGCGGCGGGUCACGAAUACGAGCGUCUGCAAGCUGAAAAUAUUCGCAAGAAACAAUCGUCCAGCUCGGAGGCGAAGCUGAGGGAUACGCAGAGUCGUUCGCUUAUACCACCGCCGUCCCGUCGUAUCGGGGAGUAUGGUCGCCUCAGCGAUGGUACCUUGAGGAAGCAGACUGGUUCGCGAGGACAGAGCACCGGUAGCACGGUCAGCAGCAAAAGCGGAGGACGCGAUUCAGGAGGAACAGCCAGCAGCGAAGCGUCCACCUCGUCGUUGCCACCUUCGAAAGCGAGAUCAAUACCGCGUCCUAGCAAUUAUCGCAUCCAAUUUUAAUUUUCUUGCGAGAACGGGGUUGUUAGUCUUCCCGGUUUAAAGCGUUCCUCGAAGCGACGAUCUUCCAAAGGAAAGAUAUACUACAGUUUUCCGUAUCUUAUCUUCCACGCGUAGGGAUUGAAUCGUUUGUUUUUCUUCUUCUUUUUUUUUUUACCAACUUAUUAACGCAUACACUCUUGUUCUAUCGUUAUUUAGUUCCGAGUUUUCUGUUCCGGGUUAUGCUCAACGCUACAACGUUGUUCCGAGGUGGAUCUUGGAGAAACAGGGCAGGAUAGAAGCUUGAUAAACGCUUGCGAGCGACGAACGAUGCAAGAUGAAAAUUUGACAAGAUCAGCUUCGAGCGCGUUUGCUUUAUUCUUCGAUAGUUCAAUAGAACCCUAAUUUACGUGUACUUGCGUGAGGCGACGUGUCAAAGUAGCCAUAAUAAUGAGACGUCUAGUUGUUUUUAUUUUCCUUCGCUAUCGUUCUCGGAAGCCAAGCCAAUCGCAUGACAUAUUAGUGAAGACAUACAUACAUACACAUACACACGAUAUAUUGUUGCGUAGCGAUAGUGCAUGACCUAGUCAUUACCAAAGUAACUUUUGUUAUGAAAUGGAAUUGUUUUCUUCUUGUUUCGUGCCUACGUUUCAGAACACCGUAGCUUUCUGUCAGACACGUGUAUUUGUAUAUACAAACACGAACGAAGUGCCUUGUUAUUAUAGACUGCGUGAGAACGAUCGGUACAACUAGGAUAAGAGAGAGAAAGAGAGAGUACGUUCAGGAACUUUGACGAUUGAGGAAACGAUUUUUCUUUUUUGUUUCUUAUGAAUAUUCAAUUUUAUAUACAUAUAUUUACUCUAACUAGCGGGAGUAUCUGUGGCGUGCCUUACGAGAGGAGUCUCUGUAAUCCGUGUAUCUUUGAACCCGUUUCCGGACGGAAACGCUGCUAAAGAUACAACAAAAUCGGUUUCGCUUUUUCAGUGAAAAGCCGAGCCAUCGGGGAAUGAAUCGAACGAAAUUCAAUUGUCCUGGAUACACAACGAGGGAUUCAAGUAGUUUUAUAUUCGUAUAUGUUAUUUUGUAUAAUUGCAUUUUCGUGUGUACGUGUCUCGAUUCGACGAUUCUUUAUUUUAUUCUUUUUCGAGGCGAGAGAAAUACGAAUCAUAUUCGUGUAAUUUAAUAGAAAUGAUAAACGACGGUGAAUUAUAUUACGUAUAGGGUGUCGAAAAGAUUUUUACAGCUAUUCGAGGUAAUACUGUUUUAUAUCGCGUUUGAAGUUUCUGAAUGCACCUCAGGUCAAUGUUCACGAAAAAUAUUAACGAUCAUACGAUCGAUACCUAUGGGGUGUAUAUUUUAGAGAGAAUAUUUAUAUACGUGGUGUUUCUUGUUUUUUUCCAGAAUAUUUUUCUUACCUGCGUUUCGGACCACGUGAAAUUCAUAAAUGAAAAAUAUUACGUACAAUUUCUAUACUUUUGAUACGAGACGUGAUCGAUUAGCGGAUUAAAAUGCACUGUUAAUAAUUAGGUGAUAGGUACCUUUCUUUUAUAAGACUGAAGGAAAAAUGUAUACCGACGAAAGAAAUUCUCUUCUCGCGAUUUGCUACCACUGUAUCUGUUCUCACCUCAAUCCUAUUCUCUUUCAUUUCUCUCUUCCCCUUUUCUUCUGUGUAUACACGUAUUUUACACACGAUUGAAAAAACAGGUACACGCACACGAGCUAACACGAUAAAAACGUGUAUUGUUCACGUUACCAGUUCCUUCAAUGCUACAGGGACGUUCGUGGUAAAUAUAGCGGAAAUUUCAUUAGCAUUCUAUAAUCCCUUCGAUGAAUGGUACGUGGUCCGUUGAGAAAGAAACGAACGAAAGAAAGAACUACAAAAAGAAGGGAAACAAAGUCGUGUCUCUUUUACGUGUGUAACGUUAUUGUUUCUACCAGAGAGACAUCGGAAAUUCUCGAACGAACCAUUCGUUUUUUUGCCUUGUAUGAAAAAAAAAAAGAAAAAUGUAAAAAAAAAUAAUAAUAAUAGAAUGCCAAAGCGUUAGGAAUGUCGCAUACACUACCUACAAUUUACAAUGACAGAUAUGUUUUAAUAUAAUUUAGCGUAUUUAUUUGUUUUCGUUUUUCUUUUUGUGUUAAUUAUCUAUUGUACGUAUAGGGUGAAUUUUCUAUGAAAUUUCUUUGGUCACCAUAGACGGGGAGCGUUUGUGACCAGCUUCUGUUUAGAAUGUAGGGUCCUAACUACUCGGUAAGAUGAAAAAGACUCACCCUUUCUGUAUACGUGGGGUGUGCUUUAAAAUAUGUGGCAUAUUUGAAAAAAAAAAAAAAACAAAGAAAAAAACGAGAGGAACUCUAGCCAUGUUUGUCAAUCAGAGUCACGAGAAAUUGAUAUUUUCUUCUUUUAAUAUAUUUGUGAAAUCAAAAGUGUUCGAUGUGUUCUCGAAAGCUUAUGCAAAUUUUUUAAGAGUAUGCAUUCGAACGAAGAAAGGGCACACGGCGUUUACGAAAAAUUAUAUACGGUUGACACAGAUCGACGAGUAGGUACUGAUAAAAGUAUAGGUAAUUUAUUCUAUUUUAUUAAAAAUUCAAUUGUAUUAUAAAACAGCGACGUACCAGCAUGCCAGCGAAACAAUUUGACACAAACUAAAGAUUCUUUGAAUGUACUCUGUUCUAUCGAACAUCUCGAAUUUGUGUUGAAAUUGAAGGCAAAUAUAGGAUAUCUUUUGUAGAAAUUCGAAAUAAAAAUUUUACUCGUAACAUC